AGCGAAGCCACCUAGAGACUCCGCGCUGCUUGGGUGCUGCUGCGCGGGCGCGGGCGGAGCGGCGCCGGAGCCGUGUUCUUUGCCGCCUCCGCCGCCGGGGCCACCUACCCUGGAUUUGAGUCUCGCGCCUUCUUCGUUCACUCGCCGGCGGGUUCGCGCCCCUCUCGAGACCCCGGGCAGCGAGGCUGGGGAAGGGUUGGAGGGGGCUGUUGAUCGCCGCCUUUAAGUUGUGCUCGGGGCGGCCAUGUCGGCCGGCGAGGUCGAGCGCCUAGUGUCGGAGCUGAGCGGCGGGACCGGAGGGGAUGAGGAGGAAGAGUGGCUCUAUGGCGGCCCAUGGGACGUGCAUGUGCACAGUGAUUUGGCAAAGGACCUAGAUGAAAAUGAAGUUGAAAGGCCAGAAGAAGAAAAUGCCAGUGCUAACCCUCCAUCGGGAAUUGAAGAUGAAACUCCUGAAAAUGGCGUACCUAAACCGAAAGUGACAGAGACUGAAGACGAUAGUGAUAGCGACAGUGAUGAUGAUGAGGAUGAUGUUCAUGUCACUAUAGGAGACAUUAAAACGGGAGCACCACAGUAUGGGAGUUAUGGUACAGCACCUGUAAAUCUUAACAUCAAGACAGGAGGAAGAGUUUAUGGAACUACAGUAGGAACGAAAGUCAAAGGAGUAGAUCUUGAUGCACCUGGAAGCAUUAAUGGAGUGCCCCUUUUGGAGGUAGAUUUGGAUUCUUUUGAAGAUAAACCAUGGCGUAAACCUGGUGCUGAUCUUUCUGAUUAUUUUAAUUAUGGGUUUAAUGAAGAUACCUGGAAAGCUUACUGUGAAAAACAAAAGAGGAUACGAAUGGGACUGGAAGUUAUACCAGUUACCUCUACUACAAAUAAAAUUACGGCCGAAGACUGUACUAUGGAAGUUACACCAGGUGCAGAGAUCCAAGAUGGCAGAUUCAAUCUUUUUAAGGUACAGCAGGGAAGAACUGGAAAUUCAGAGAAGGAAACAGCGCUUCCAUCUACAAAAGCUGAGUUUACUUCUCCUCCUUCUUUGUUCAAGACUGGACUCCCACCAAGCAGAAACAGCACCUCUUCUCAGUCUCAGACAAGUACUGCCUCCAAAAAAGCCAAUUCAAGCGUUGGGAAGUGGCAGGAUCAAUAUGGGAGGGCCGAAUCACCUGAUCUAAGGAGAUUACCUGGGGCAAUUGAUGUUAUUGGUCAGACUAUAACUAUCAGCCGAGUAGAAGGAAGGCGACGGGCAAAUGAAAACAGCAACAUACAGGUCCUUUCUGAAAGAUCUGCUACUGAAGUAGACAACAAUUUUAGCAAACCACCGCCAUUUUUCCCUCCAGGAGCUCCUCCCACUCACCUUCCACCUCCUCCAUUUCUUCCACCUCCUCCCACUGUCAGCACUGCUCCACCUCUGAUUCCACCACCAGGUAUUCCAAUAACUGUACCACCUCCAGGUUUUCCUCCUCCACCAGGCGCUCCACCUCCGUCUCUUAUACCAACAAUAGAAAGUGGACAUUCCUCUGGUUAUGAUAGUCGUUCUGCACGUGCUUUUCCAUAUGGCAAUGUUGCCUUUCCCCACCUUCCUGGUUCUGCUCCUUCAUGGCCUAGUCUUGUGGACACCAGUAAGCAAUGGGACUAUUACUCAAGAAGAGAGAAAGACCGAGAUAGAGACAGAGACAGAGACCGAGAACGAGAUCGUGAUCGAGACAGAGAAAGAGAACGCACCAGAGAGAGAGAGAGGGAGCGUGAUCAUAGUCCCACGCCGAGUGUUUUCAACAGUGAUGAAGAACGAUACAGAUACAGGGAGUAUGCAGAAAGAGGCUAUGAGCGCCACAGAGCAAGUCGGGAGAAAGAAGAACGACACAGAGAAAGACGACACAGAGAGAAAGAGGAAACCAGACACAAGUCCUCUCGAAGUAAUAGUAGACGUCGCCAUGAAAGUGAAGAAGGAGACAGUCAUAGGAGACACAAGCACAAAAAAUCUAAAAGAAGCAAAGAAGGAAAAGAAGCUGGCAGCGAACCUGCCCCUGAACAGGAGAGCACCGAAGCUACACCUGCAGAAUAGGCAUGGUUAUGGCCUUUUGUGUACAGUAGUGCCAGAAAUAGAUACUAUAAAUCUUAUUUUUCUGGAUAAUGUUUAAGAAAUUUGCCUUUAAUCUUGUUCUUUUAGUAUGAAAAGUUAACUUUUUUCUUCUAAAAUAAAAGAGUGAAUUUUUCAUGUUAAGUUAAAAA